GUGAUCCGUCCUUUCAUCCUGGCGUUUGCCUGCAGCAAGAUGGCGGCGGUCUCAAUGUCAGUGGUACUGAGGCAGACGUUGUGGCGGAGAAGGGCAGUGGCUGUAGCUGCCCUUUCCGUUUCCAGGGUUCCGACCAGGUCGUUGAGGACUUCCACAUGGAGAUUGGCACAGGACCAGACUCAAGACACACAACUCAUAACAGUUGAUGAAAAAUUGGAUAUCACUACUUUAACUGGCGUUCCAGAAGAGCAUAUAAAAACUAGAAAAGUUAGGAUCUUUGUUCCUGCUCGCAAUAACAUGCAGUCUGGAGUAAACAACACAAAGAAAUGGAAGAUGGAGUUUGAUACCAGGGAGCGAUGGGAAAAUCCUUUGAUGGGUUGGGCAUCAACGAUGGAGCUAUGACAUUGAAGAGAGGAAGGUUCCAAAACCCAAGUCCAAGUCUUAUGGUGCAAACUUUUCUUGGAACAAAAGAACAAGAGUAUCCACAAAAUAGGUUGGCACUGACUAUCUCUGCUUGACUGUGAAUAAAGUCCGCUGUGCAGUAUUUAUAGUCCAUGUAUAAUACAUCUCUUAAUCUCCUAAUAAAUUGGACCUUUAAACUACA